AUGGUCAUGGCGCUGGAACUCCGCUCAUCUCUAUCAACUGACGACGAUGCGGAGGACCAGGACAUCUCACAGCGUAGUGAAAUGGCCAACGCCAUUCUCACAAUCACAAUCUCGUCGGGGGUCUCAUGGGGUCUAACUCUCCAAGCCGAGUUUCGUGUAGCGACCGACCAUGGCCGGACUAUCGCACAAUCAGCUGACAGUGAACAGGCGUUUUCGGUCAUCAAUUCUUGGAUGGACUCUUGCAUCAAUGACCAUGGGAUGCAAUGUGCAGACGCCUCGCACCCACCACUACUCCCAACUCGGGUAAUUGAUGUCAGCCCAGUGGGGCUUGAUGUAGGAUUAGUAUGCCUUCGAGAUGACCAGAAUAAAGUGGAUCGCGCUGCUCGUUACGUUGCUUUGAGUCACUGCUGGGGGAAAUGCAUUCCAUUCGCGACAACGACUGAGAAUCUGGAGGAUCGCAAGCGAGAGGUCCGGAUCGAGGACAUGUCUCAAGUCUUUCAAGAGGCGGUUCUCAUUACACGACGGCUUGGGAUACGGUAUCUCUGGAUCGAUACACUUUGUAUUGUCCAGAACGAUCGGCAUGACUGGGAGGCUGAAGCUGGCAGAAUGGCGAAAGUCUACAUGGAUGCUUUUGUGGUGCUCGGAGCAUCAAAUUCAAAUGCAGAUGAUCAAGGAUUUCUUGGCUCUCGAGCUCACCCGGGUUCAAUUAACUGGACGAAAGCUCUUCACAGCGAACGCACCAGCUGUUUGGCACUGUCCCCACUACCUCCAGCAGGAGAACGAUGGACGUCUGGCCGGGAUCCGGUCUCAUCAGAACCACUCCAGAGCAGAGCCUGGUGCUUACAAGAGCGGUAUCUCGCCCAGCGCAUUCUACUAUACGGUGCAAGACAGCUCUUCUGGGAGUGUCGAGCUAUUAGCCGGGCCGAAGAUGGGGAUCUGCAGCCGGGUAAUCUCCAUAAUCUGGACCGUCUUAAAGGAACGGCAUCGAUCGAAAGGACCAUAUUUGGUCCACGUCCAGAUGGCGACUCGGAAGUCAACUAUCGGGGAUGGUACGAAAUGAUUGAGGAAUACACCCAGCGUUCCAUCACGCACCAGUCGGACCGAUUCCCUGCAUUAUCAGGUGUGGUACACGCAAUAGCGCAGAUAUCCAGGGACGUCUACCUUGCCGGGAUCUGGAGGAAGGGCCUGGUCGAAGGUUUGCUGUGGUGCGCCAUGAACCGCGAUGAGCCGCUUAAGAAGCCAACGUCGUAUCGUGCCCCGUCAUGGUCAUGGGCCUCGGCCGAGGGACCUGUUCAAUUUAUUGUAUAUCAUUUUAUUGAGAGGUGUAGGUGGAAGCGUGGCAUUGCAGAUUACGAGCAACUAGCAACAUUCGUGGAUUGCGAUGUCGAGAAAGACGGGCCCGAUGUAUAUGGCACUGUCAGCGGUGGGUAUCUUCGUCUGCACGCGCCACUCUUGCCAGUCAAAAAUCUCUAUCCUGCAGACGAUAGGCCUCCAUUGUCCGAGUUGCUGUUACCACCGCUGCGAAAUUCGACCGUCGACCAAGUGGUGGAAAUGGAAGUGGGAAAGGAGUCUUUCUACCUCCACGCGGGAUUUGACAUGGCACUCGAGCCAGUAUUACCCCAGCAGGAGUUGUUCGUACUCUUCCUCGCUCGCCUUCCAGAUGGUAACCAUGGGUUUUCUCCGUUCAUGGAUCACCGGUUCGGUUUGUUGGUUAGACGUAGCGACAAGGACAGUGACGUCUAUGAGCGAGUAGGUAUCAUUGACUCCCCAAUCCUGACAAAGGAUACUUCUGGGGGUGCUUUGAUGACCGUCCUUCGCAUUUUGGAGAAAUCGCACCGGUUUCUGGAGAGACUCUCGCCUUCCGUAGGCAAGAUGCCUGUCUUCAACCUGACACCAUGGCUGUUCGUCCCGAAAAGAGUCCUGGCAGAAGAACCUGAAGAAGAGAUGCCCCCCGAUCCACUGCCCGAAAUAAAGCAGCACUCAGUCUCGGUUACUCUUGUAUGA